UCCCAACACGCCCAGCCCAAUGAAUUAAAUAGAAAACAAAAUCGGGUCCAGCCGAAUAAAAAUAAAAACCGGCCUAAAUGCUAUUGUAUACGUCAGCCCAAUCAAAUAAAAAUAAAAGGAAAUUGGGCCAGCUAAAUUUAAAAGGAAACGGCCCAAAUAGAAGCCCAACCCUCAAGCCCCAACUGGAAAUUGGAUGUAUGAUUGUUUUGUGGUAUUUUGCAUGCUGAGUGAUUCUUCGCUUAGUUGUGAGUGUGUUUGUUGGUGUCAAGGAAAUCAAAUUCAUGCUGUACUUACAUAUUUUGAUUUAUAGUUCGAGCAGCUCACAUAAUGUGAAUGCGUGUUUUGUAUUUCCAUUGUGUUUUUUUUUUAGUACUUGCUUUUUUGUGCUUAGACAUUUGUCUGACUUUAUAGAGUUGAACAGAGACCUUUGAUGAUGCAUUCAAAUGGAUGAAAAUAAUUGAUGAAUUUGAGGAGAAACAUUUCGCGUUGGCGGAGUAUCGGGUGAUAGGGGAGUUGAUGAAUAAGUUGAAAGUAGCUGAAGGAAAGGAGAAAUUUCUUCUUCAGGUGAAGUUGAAUAGGGCACUGAGAAUGGCAAAUGAUCCAGCCAAUUAUGGGAUCAUCGAGCGUGAGGAUGAUGGUGGAUCUGUUGAUCGUGAGGAGGAUCAUGAGAAGGAGGAGGAUAAAGAAAGUAAAGAAAGUGAAGAGAAAAUUGGUUUAUUCGAGUUUGAUAAUCUGAAACAGAAGGGUAAUAAAUAUAUGGAAAGGAUGAAUGAAAUAGAUAAAAAACUUGAGGAGAAACUGGCAGUGUUGGAUUAUACUUUUGGAAGGAAGGGGAAACUAUUGGAGGAGGAAAUUAGAGAUCUUGCAGAAGAGAGGAACGCAUUGAUCGAACAGAAGAGACAGCCUCUUUAUAGGAAGGGAUUUGAUGUUAGGCUGGUUGAUGUGAAUAGGACGUGUAAAGUUACAAAGGGUGGACAAGUUAUCAAAUACACUGCAAUGUUAGCUUGUGGGAACUACAAUGGAGUUAUUGGUUUUGCUAAAGCAAAGGCUCCUGCAGUUCCGCUUGCACUUCAAAAGGCAUAUGAGAAGUGCUUUCAGAAUCUGCACUAUGUAGAGCGGCAUGAGGAUCAUACAAUUGCACAUGCAAUUCAGACAUCGUAUAAAAAGACUAAGAUAUAUCUUUGGCCAACUCCUACACAAUCAGGGAUGAAGGCAGGCAGAACUGUGGAGUUGAUUCUUAACUUAGCUGGUUACAUGAAUGUGAAAUCAUAGGUUGUUGGUUCAAGGAAUCCCCACAACACUGUGAAGGCUCUCUUCAAGGCUUUAAAUGCGAUUGAAACUCCCAAAGAUGUUCAGGAAAAGUUUGGCCGAACUGUGGUUGAAUCAUAUCUACUGUGAUAGGUUUACAAAGAAACAAUAUUAUCUGUGGAUAGAUUAAUCUCUUGAGCAUUUGGGAUGACCAAGCUGUUAUUUUCUGAAUCGAGGUUAUAUAAUAGGGAAAACAAACGACGCAGUGCCGGUGGCAAAAAGAUGCUGAAAGGAGAACCACUUUGCUUUUCUUUUUGAAAUGUGGAAUCAAAAUUGCUGAAAUUGAGGAGCAUAAUCAAUAAAAUGCUUUUAGUUUUGCAUAGUGAA